CCAGCCUCAGCGCUUCGCAGUUUCCUCUCCUUGUUUUGCUUUCGAUCUGGACUGUUCUCAGGCAAGCCGGGGAGUAACUUUUAGUUUUGUUCCUGCGAUUAUUCAACUGACGGGCUUUCAUUUCCAUUUCACACAUCCUAGCAACACUUAAGCCUUGCGGAAUUGUAUUGAUAGCGUGAAAAAGCACACUGAGAGACGGAAAAUGCUGAGGUUCAUAAAUAUUAAUACUGAUUUUUGGAGGAACAGUCGGCGCUGUUAUGGAUCAUCUGAUUUUAGGGGAAGCAGGUUCUGCUGCUGUUGCUGCUGCCACUGGGGCUGCUGAGGCUGCGAGGAGGAGGAGGAGGAGGAGGAGGAGAAGGGCACCAUGCCGGUGGAGAGGAUGCGCAUGCGCCCGUGGCUGGAAGAACAGAUCAACUCAAACACGAUACCAGGGCUAAAGUGGCUUAACAAGGAAAAGAAGAUUUUUCAGAUCCCCUGGAUGCAUGCAGCUAGACACGGGUGGGAUGUGGAAAAAGAUGCACCGCUCUUUAGAAACUGGGCCAUCCAUACAGGAAAGCAUCAACCGGGAGUAGAUAAACCUGAUCCCAAAACAUGGAAGGCGAAUUUUCGGUGCGCUAUGAACUCUCUGCCUGACAUUGAAGAGGUCAAGGAUAAAAGCAUAAAGAAAGGAAACAACGCCUUCAGAGUCUACCGAAUGUUGCCUUUAUCUGAACGACCUUCUAAGAAAGGAAAGAAACCAAAGACAGAAAAAGAAGACAGAGUGAAGCACAUCAAGCAAGAACCAGUUGAGUCAUCUUUGGGGCUUAGUAAUGGAGUAAGUGAUCUUUCUCCUGAGUAUGCGGCCCUGACUUCAGCUAUAAAAAAUGAAGUGGAUAGUACGGUGAACAUCAUAGUCGUAGGACAGUCACAUCUGGGCAGCAACAUUGAGGAUCAAGAGAUUGUCACUAAUCCACCAGACAUCUGCCAAGUUGUGGAAGUGACCACCGAGAGUGAUGAGCAGCCAGUCAGCAUGAGCGAGCUCUACCCCCUGCAGAUCUCCCCCGUGUCUUCCUACGCAGAAAGCGAAACUACCGAUAGUGUGCCCAGUGAUGAAGAGAGCUCGGAGGGCCGACCACACUGGCGGAAGAGGAACAUUGAAGGCAAACAGUACCUCAGCAACAUGGGGACCCGAAGCACGUACCUGCUACCCAGCAUGGCGACCUUCGUCACUUCCAACAAGCCCGACCUCCAGGUCACCAUCAAAGAGGAGAGCUGUCCCGUGCCUUACAACAGCUCCUGGCCCCCGUUCCCAGACCUCCCCCUCGCCCCCUCCGUGACCCCAGCGCCCAGCAGCAGCCGGCCAGACCGGGAGACCCGGGCCAGCGUCAUCAAGAAGACCUCCGACAUCACCCAGGCCCGCGUCAAGAGCUGUUAAGCCUUCGACUUCCCCUGGUGGUUGUUGGGAUUUCUUGGCUUUGUUUUAUUGUUUGUUUGUAUUAUAUUUUUCUUUCUGACACCUAUUUUAGACGAAUCUUAAGGGAAAAAGCCUUGACAAUAGAACUUUGAUUGCUGUGUCCAACUCCAGUACUGGAGCUUCUUUUUAACUCAGGACUCCAGCCCCUUGGUAGACGCAUAUCUCUAGAGCCUGCUGGAUCUCCCAGGGCUGCUCCCUCAAGUUCAAGGACGUCAUAGGACCAACACCCACACGGGCGGUGAGGUGCUGCAUUGCCUGCGGUCAAGGCCAGCAAGGUGGAACGGAUGCCUCUGAAUGGAGGAGAAAAUGUGAACUAGCUGGAAUUUUUUAUUCUUGUGAAUAUGUACAUAGGGCAGUACUAGCGACGUUGCAGUCUGCUUCUGCACCUUAUCUUAAAGCACUUACAGAUAGACCUUCUCGUGAUCCUGCUCUGUUUCAUAGCACAGUCAGCACCUCUCUUCCCUGCUCCUCUCCCCUCCCAGCCCCUCCCUUCCCAUCGCCUCUCCCUUUGCAUCCCCUCCCCUCCCACCCCCUCCCUUCCCAUUUCCUCUCCCUUUGCAUCCCCUCCCCUCCCACCCCCUCCCUUCCCAUCUCCUCUCCCUUUGCAUCCCCUCCCCUCCCACCCCCUCCCCUCACUUGCCUCCCCUUCAUCCCACCCCCUCCCCUCCCCUGCCCUCCUAUCCCCUUCAUUUUCUUUCCUCCUUUUCCUCCCCUCAAAGGCUGUGUUCCACGUCCCUGAGGAGGAGAAGAAAAUGAACUUCUCCACAGAUGUCCCAUUUUAAAAGACUGCUUUAAAAAACAAAACAAAAAAAAAAAAAAAGGAAAAAAAAUCUUUCUAAUCUGCUAUGCUUGAAUGCCACGCGGUACAAAGGAAAACUAUCAUGGAGAGAUUAUGCAAAUUCCCAGAUUUGAAGAGAAAAAUACUCUAAUUCUAACCAGAGCAAGCUUUUUUAUUUUUUAUACCGGGGAAUAUUUUAUUCAAGGUAAAAUUCUAAAGAAAAUAUAAUUGUUUUUUAUCUUUUCUACAGCAAAUUUAUAAUUUUAAGAUUCCUUUUCUUGUUUAUCGGCAGUUGUUAUUACAUCCUUGUGGCACAUUUUUUUUUUUUAAUUUUGUAAAGGUGAAAAAGCUUUUAUGAGCUCAUGUAGCAAUCAAAUUAUCCUGUGGAUUGAUAAUAAAUGAAUAUGAUAUAUAGUUAAAUUUUUAA